GCCCCUUGGCGGCUCCACCUGCGGCCCGGCCCCGAGCCCUCCCACCCCCCUUCCCAGCCUCCUUCCCUGCGCCGCGGGUCGGAGGAGGCUGCUGGGAGCGCAGGGAAGGCGGGGAGGAGAAAGGAGGUCACAGCUCCGAAGGAUCUGUAUGGCUCUGUUGUGCUGAAACACAGAGGAAGCCACAAAGUUGGUGAAGGGACAUCUUUUUGUACGUGUUCUAUCGAAAGGGCUGCCACAUGCGGUGCAGAUAUUUAAUCUUCUUCCUACUUUUAGGAAGCUGAUUUCUACUUGCCAGUGGAGGCAGACAGUUUUGAAGAUGGGCAAGGUUUGCGCCAUUUUUGGAGGAUCCCGAGGAAUAGGAAAAGCUGUUGCAGAAUUACUGGCACAGAAAGGCUGCCGCCUGGCGAUUAUUGCUAGAAAUCUGGAAGUAGCCCAAACCACUGCACGUAGUCUUGGUGCAGGACAUUUGGCACUAAGCUGUGAUGUAUCCAGUGAACAAGAAGUCCAAAAUGCUUUUGAGGAGAUGCAGAGGAAAUUAGGUCCUAUUAACUACUUGGUUAAUGCAGCUGGGAUCAACAGGGAUGGUUUGUUACUGAGAACGAAAACUGAAGAUAUGAUAACCCAGAUUCACACCAACCUUUUGGGAACAAUGUUGACAUGCAAAGCUGCUGUAAAAAGCAUGAUUCAACAUCAGCAAGGAGGUGCUAUUGUCAAUAUAGGAAGCGUUGUAGGACUUAAAGGCAACUCUGGUCAAAGUGUAUACAGUGCUAGCAAAGCAGGAUUAGUUGGAUUUUCACGCUCUCUUGCUAAAGAAGUAGCAAAAAAGCAAAUUCGAGUCAACGUGGUUGCUCCAGGCUUCAUUCGCACAGAGAUGACUGCUCAUUUGAAAGAAGAUGAGUUGAAGAAAGCAAUUCUCCUUGGACGAUUUGGAGAGCCUUGUGAAGUUGCGCAAGCUGUUUUCUUUCUUCUAGAGUCCCCUUAUGUUACAGGGAGUACUCUAGUUGUAGAUGGAGGCUUGCAACUUAUGACUUAAAUACUAUUUUGCAUGAAGUACCUGCUUAAAUGUCACGAUAGUAAUAUAUAAAUAGAUACUAAUUAAAGGAGAGGUGGUGGAAAUUAAUUGAGGAUUCAUGUAUGCAAAUGGCUUGGUAUUAUUUAGUCAGAGGAGAAAUUCAGCAGUGGCAAAGUGCAGUGUGUUAUGUUUAGACACCUGAAAGAGUCCAUUGCAUAUAAUGAAGUCUGUGUAUGUAACAGUUUGAAAAAGACCUGGUUUUGUGAUGGUGAUAGUUCUAAAUGACAUGCUGGUACAUUUUUAAAGCACUGUAUUUUUAUAAAGUAAUGUUUUCCAACUUGGGAUAAAGUGGAGAUUUUAUUCAAAUGAUCACAUUACACAAAGGUUAAUAAAGUGUGGAGCCAUGUUGAUUGGUUGGCAGGUGUGAUUGCAACAAGUUUUUCAUGUAAGGCGAAGACUGUGAACUGUGUAAUGUCUUUAUUCUUAUCAGUUAGUCACUACAAAGUGGCAAGGAGUUUCCUUUGGGUUUGUUUUGUUUGUGUCUAACACUACAAAGUUAGGAGCUUCUAGAUCUUCAGCACACCUGAAUUGCCUUUAGGAGGUUUAAUUAUACGCAAUGUGGUUUUGGAAAGACAAAGCCUGCUCAGUUCCCUUCUUGAAUUAACUCCUUUAAUCCAGUAGCACUUGCAUGCAUAUGUUGAAGUGUUGAUUGGUCACGGGAGUUGCUAAUUCUGUAAUAUUCUGAGUCUGAGCGGCACAUACAAUGAUGAACAGUACCAUUGUGAGCCUUGCUAAAAGGUAAGGAGAACAUUUUCACUGACUCAGUAGAUGUUCAGAAAACACCUGUCACUUCCAGAGUGUGAAGUCAAGGUAUAUUGCUCUAUUGAACACUCAGUUCAACUGUGUUAUGUUGAUGCUCUUUGAUUCGUAUGUAUAAUCAAUAAGAUAGCCAUUUAUUUUUUUCAGAGCAGCAUUUGAAGCAGAGUAAUUAUUCAGCUCUGUAAACUAUCCUAUGUGUUCCUCUCUUGCUAAAAAAUUACCAAACGAUUUGACCUCAGGCUUUUCUAUUGAGAUCAAGUAAUUUUUGGUAAUUGAUGUUUUUGUCAUUUUCAAAGAAAAGUAUGGAUGUGGCUUAGGACCUUCACUACUUAGCUCCAGUGUUCAUUGCAUCAUGAUCCAGGUGUUGAUUCAGCUUUUGAAAUUACUUCCCGUCUUGGCACAAACUGAAGUACAGAAUGAAGAGAUUUCACCAAUGAUAACUUUGAAUCUUUAAAGCCUGAAAUUUUCUUCAUUUGUGCAGCUGAGAAAUUUUGUCUUUAUGCCAGAAAACAGUGCAUGUUCAAGCUUCUCAUAGGUACAUAUUGAAAAAUAAUACAGUGAACUAUUGUAUAUUCAGGGGAUUUUACAGUUUGUUGUGUUCCUCACGUUGGAAUAUGAAAUGCCACUAAAGGUAGUCCUUUCAGGAAUCCUUAUCUUACUGUGAUUUCUCUGUGGAGAGGUGGUGGUCAUUGCUGUGAGAAGUUACACAUCAUAUGUAUAUUUGCACCAGAAAUAUAAUAGCUCAUUAUGUUUCUCUUUGAUAGGAAUUGGCCGGAGAAUAAAUGAUUUUUUUUCCAAGGGCACUGAAGAAGAGGAAGAACAGCUGGUACUGCCAUUUUUACUAGUCAAGUAGUAAUAUGUCAGUAACUUGGCUGCUGCCCAUACCUGUCCUUACUAUUUUGCAGGCAAAGCCUAUGUGACAUAUCUUGACCAGGAGCCAAAACUAAGAGACUAAAAAUAAUUUCCUCUUAGUGAGUUCCGACCUUAAUUAUUAUUAUUUCUUAUUUUAUUGAGCAAAGGAACUGUUAAGUGUUAGCUAUGGCACUUUUUAGUUUUUAUUUAUGAUUAAAACCGGGAAUAACGCCCUCAGAUGAAUCUCAGGAUGCUGCUAAGUAACUUUUUUUAAAACGUUGUAAUACAAUGUUUUUGCUGUUGCUAUAGGACUAGGCUGAAGUGUUGGUAGCCUUGAAGUCAUACUUUUAAAAGACCUUUUUUUACCCUUUUCUUCAAACUGGUGAAUUAGAACUGAAAACUAGUUAAAAACAGUAAUCCAUUUCAGCAUUUACUGUGUAUGUGCACUCUAAGAAGGACUAUCUGUCAGACUAGGGUUCAGUCUGGCCUGGUGUGAUGCCUUGGACAGCAGAAGCAGCAAAUAUGUAACGUAGGUAGCAGAUCAAGUGUAGGGUGAUGCCUCCUUAGGAGACUUCUGUACCUCCAGCAAUUUGUGAUUGAUAUGUUUGCAUCUGCCAUUUGAUACCUCUGGUUGAAGCCUGUGAGUUCUUACUAUUCAAUGAUGCGUCACAACAACCCUCUUGUGAUUUCUCUACAUUGCUCUUGAAUUUGUUGAUCUCCAUCGAAUCCUGCCUGCCUCAGUUGUUUCUGUUUCAAACUGAAAAGUCAUAUUUGUUUUAGUUGCUUGUUGCUGGAAAGCUCUUUUGUGUCUUAAGUCAUCUUUGUUGUCAUUUGCUUUUUUAGUUUCUUAAGGAGGAAGGAGCAGGUGGAAGAGCUCAUGGUAUUCACUGUGGAUUUAUCUAAAAAAAAAAAAACCACCCAGAAUGUUUUGUGUUUUGUUUUAUAUUACUUCCAGAAGUAAUGCCUAAUUUUUCUGCCUUUUCCUCACCUUUACAUUUAGGUUUUCAGGUGUUACAUAAGAACAAUAACUCAGUCCUGAAAUCAACAAUCAUCUUGGAGCCCAUUUCUUUUUAUAUUUAUUUAAGACUGAUUUUUUUUUUCUUCCCCCCCCCCUCAGUUUGAAUUGCUCUCAUUUAUCUACAGGGAUUUCAGUCUGCUGGUUUUAACGCCAUUUCCUUAGUGAAAUUAUUCUGUAGCUUUUCAUUUAAUCCCCUCAUUCCUUUAUUAUUUUGAGUAACUCAGCAUUAUUGGAAUAACAGAAAUUGCUGUCUCGGAAUUCUUAUGUGUGGAUUGUAAUUUGCUAGCCCCAACACAGGUGCCUGUGGUUUUCUCUUGGCAAUCCAUGUCCUUAGGAAAGAACAGCUGUCAUUUCAUACCCUUUCUCUUCUAUCUUUACAUAAUUUACUGAUAUGACAGCUUCUCUUAGCAACACAGACAGCAUCUUUAAUGGCUUUUGGCAAGGAAAUGGUUCAGAUGCUCUUUAGAAUUUCAAUCAUGCUCUAUUAGGUCUCCUUACUCUCAUCUGUUUUUAAUCUUUAGAAGAACUCUAAAACCUUUAUCAAACACAGCUUAGAUUUGAAAAAGCAAUGCGGACUUCCCUUAGUGUGUUUAUCUGGUUGUUUUCAUGUCUUUAGAACAAUUUCUGGCAGUUUGCUAUGUACAGAAAAGUACAGUUAGUCUGCAAAUCCAUCCCUGGACCGCUCUGGAAUCUCUUCUUAAAAAAGCAAGUGAUCCUUCCACCCACAAAACUCCCAAAAGCUGUCACUCUGCCAGCUUCCAGUCAUUUGAUAAUGAGGCAAUUUUAAUUUUAACACAGAAGUUUCACACUGCAAUUGCCUAAUUUCCUUUAGUAUUAGGGGAAUUAGGGUAUGGCAGCCCCCAGCCCCAGCAUUUGUCACUCUUCCCUCUGUAACGUCUUAUAAUGUUUAGCUCUGAGGGAUAAAACCUUCACGGAGUUGUGUGUAGAUGUUCUGCUCAAGUUCCUGCAUGGCCAAAAACUGAUUUUGGGUUUUCUUUAGAGGUUGGGGCCUUGUUUUUUUUUUUUCUGUGGCCUUACCACUUUCCUUUUCAUUUUGAAUCAUCUGCUGCUUCUAGUCAGGCACGGUACCUUUUGUCUGUAUGCACUUCUGUAAACUGUUCCUCUCCAUGCUCUGAUCUGCCUGGAAAUUUUGCAUUCAGUGAUGGAUUCCAUUUGACUGCUAAAGCUAGACUGCUGUUUUUACAAAGGUUUACUUAAUUCUAGUAGCUCUUAAUCUAUGUCAGCUUCCCCCUCCCCACAAAGAAGGUUUAAUUUGGCAUGUGUACUUAAAGUCUGAGCAUACUGAAGUUUAGUGCAUCAAAUCAUAUGUUAUCAUCAGGCAUUGAAUCUUAAUUUUUUUGAUUUGAUUUUUAGCGUAUUUCCUUAACGUUGCUCCUUUUUUGUGGAAGUCUCAGUAGUGGGCUGUUGUUUUUGUUAGUAAACUUGGCUGGUAUUCUUGCAGAAGUAAAAGUUACCGUCACAAAGCCGUCUUGGAAAACAGCAUUUUGACUCAGGCCUUGCAAGCUCCUUGGGAGCCCAGCCAGAGUUGGUGUCUCUGGUUGGGUGCAUGAAAAACAUACCUUAACAAAAAAAUGGGCUCUUAACAUCUUCAGUAUGACAUUUAUCCAAUAUGUUGAUAAGGGCUGUCUUUCAUUACAUUUACAUUGCUGCCCUUAUAGUCCUUGGAUGUCAUAGCUACUACCAUCAUCUUAAGUGUGUUGGUAAGAAUAUUGUCUAACAAUAGAUUUUACCUUACUAGGCCUGGAAAUUCAAUCUGUAUUUGAUUUGAUGAGCUAAUAUAUUGAUAACUAGUUUGGUGACUUUCCUAUGUAUUUUGUAUUAAUAUUGUUCUUAUUUGUCUUGCUGCCAUUAUAUUUCUGGUAUGCCUGCUAUGUCACUGUCCUUGAUUAAAAACAGAUGUUUGGGUUUUACA